UUUCUUUUCUUUUUUUUUUUCUCCCUUCUGCUCAAAGCGCUUACUCAGAGGCUGAUUAAGCAAAGGGCAGAAAGACUAAGGGUACUUCAUCAUUGUCAUUCGUUCCCUUCUCUUCAUUCCUUUGCUCCUUGUUCCCUUUUCCACUUCUCUCCCAAAACCAUCACAAAUAUGGCCAUCCCCAAGAGCAAAAAGAACGUUGGCCUCGGGCAGGCUAUCAUUAAGGCCCGCUUUAAGGGCCGCAGCAGACCAAAGGACGGAGACGAGCGUCUUCACUCUGCAGAGGUUGACGAUGGCGCCAGUUGGACCCGACUUCAGUCUGUCACACAGGAGGGCGACCUUGAAUCCUUCUUGAGCACCGCCGAGUUGGCAGGCACAGAGUUCACCGCGGAAAAGUUGAAUAUCAAGGUCAUCUCAAAUCAGUACGAGAACCCAUUCAUGCUCUCAGCUGACAAGGAAAAGGAGACACUAGAGAAGCACCAUGAAUUCAAAUCGCAUCUCACAGUCCCGCGUCGUCCCCACUGGGACGAAACCACGACCGGUCAGGAGUUGCAGCGCGCGGAGAGACAGUCGUUUUUGGACUGGCGUCGUGGCCUUGCCACCUUGGCAGAACGUGAAUCGCUGUUGCUGACACCCUUUGAGCGUAACUUGGAAGUCUGGCGACAGCUGUGGAGAGUCAUUGAACGAUCUCACUUGGUUGUUCAGAUCGUCGAUGCCCGAAACCCCUUGUUUUUUAGAUCAACGGAUUUGGAGACGUAUGUCAAAGAGGUGGACACGAGAAAGAGGAACUUGCUGUUGAUUAACAAAGCCGAUUACCUGACGGUCAAGCAGAGAAAGAGAUGGGCGGACUACUUUGAUUCCGAGGGCAUCCGAUACACUUUCUUCUCAGCUGCGUUGGCAAAGGAGAGACAAGAGAAGGAGCAGGCUGAGAGAGAAAGGAUGGAGGCAUUGGCUCAGGAACUCGCUGAGAUGAAGGCCGCCAAUUCGGACUAUACAGAGGAGGAGGAGGAGGAAGAAGAAGAAGAAGAAGAAGAAGAAGAGAAAGAAGAGUCUAGUGCCGAGAUCACCAAGGAAGCAUCCGCUGCAGAGGAGAAACAGAGAGAAGUUGUGAAGCAGUCGUCAUUCUCUGUUCAGAAGGAGUCUGAGGAAGAGUCAGAAGAAUCUGAGGAAGAUGAGGAUGAGGAUGAAGAUGAGGAGUCCAAGAAGCCAAAUAAGACCCAUUCGCACUGGAAGGCCAUCAAGGAGACCGAGAAGGAUGAUGAGCGCACUCGUAUCCGUGAUACCAAGGAACUGUACGAGCUUCUGCUCAAGGAAACCCCUAUUAUUGAUGAUCCAAGAGAUCCUUUGAAUGGCAUCAUGUCCAUUGGUCUUGUCGGAUACCCUAACGUCGGAAAGUCUUCGACUAUUAACGCCUUGUUGGGUGAACACGCCGUUUCGGUAUCAGCUACACCAGGAAAGACCAAGCAUUUCCAGACCAUCCACCUGACCCCCAAAAUGAUCCUCUGCGAUUGCCCAGGUCUGGUCUUCCCUUCAUUUGCCACAACCCAAGGAGAUAUGGUGUGUAACGGUGUCUUGCCCAUCGAUCAAUUGCGCGAAUUCACUGGCUCGGUCGGUUUGAUCGGCAAGAGGAUUCCUAAGGAAGUUUUGGAGGCAAUUUACGGUAUGAAGAUUGCAGUUUUAAGCGAGGAGGAAGGUGGCGCAGGUGUCCCUACCGCGGAAGAGUUUUUGAUUGCCUAUGCUGUCGCGCGUGGAUUCACCAAGGCCGGUCAGGGUAACCCUGAUGAGUCGCGUGCAGCCCGUUUCAUCUUGAAGGAUUAUGUCAACGGAAAACUGCUGUACUGCGCUCCUCCACCAGGUUUCGACCCCAUCGAGUUCAACCAUGAGCACAACCAACUGGACCGCUUUAAGAAGCGCAAGCAACUUCCUACGCGACGUCUUCCAGCAAGCGCAUCGACCUAUAUUAACAUGGAGGCCAUUACCCCUCUGUCGCACACUGGUUCCGGUACAGGAAAGACUGCCGCUGUUGACUCUUCAUUUUUCCAGCCUGCCCGUAAGACCAUGUAUCUGCCCAAAGUGACAGGCAAGACAGCGGUUGACGUCUCAGGGGGUAUCUCCCGCGUGCAGAUGUAUCCUCAUCAGCAGGGGACGGAUAACCAGGGUUAUGUCAGCCGAAAGAUGAGGAUGCAGAACGUUAGGGAUGGGCUGCUUGAGAUGGGCGUCGAUAGCGUCGCAGGUGCACUUGGCAACAAGAAACACAAGAAAGGCAGGAAGAACAUCAAGCAGCGCUCCGGAGCAGGGCUGUAAUGUUGCGAUAGAAUAGCAGCAUCAUAUUUUUGCGACAAACAUUUCAGAUCCACAGGCAUUUUCAGUCAUCCUACUGCGUGUACCAUAAGUAUCUCUCUGCAUCUAGUUUAUUAUUUUCCAUUUUCUCAAUGAAAACUAUCAUCAAUGCUCAA